AUGACCCGCAGGUCCCGGCUUGGCGCACUCGGCGGCAGCUACAGCCGGGUUCGGGCCACCUCUGCUGGCUCUCGGGAAGCGCCGCCGGCCCGCUGGCCCCGGGGACGUGCGCCGUGCGUUGGGCGCAGCGCCGGCGCCUUCCCGGCUCGCUGCAACACCCCACUCCCGGCCUCCCAGCGCCCCGGCCCCGACGAGAUGGUCCCGCGCAUCGGCAGCUCGCGGUGCGCCCUGCUGCUGCAGCUCCUGCUGCUGCUGCAGCGCUGUAGCGCGCUGCACGCCCAGCUCACGGAGCGCCCUGGCCAGGAACUGCGCCGCGAGGCAGAGGUAUUCCUGGAGAAAUACGGAUAUCUCCGCGCACGCGCCUCUCAUGCUCCCACCUUCACACAAUUCAGCAACGCUGUCAGGGAGUUCCAGUGGGUGAACCAGCUGCCCGUCAGCGGUGUGCUGGACCCUGCCACUCUGCGCCAGAUGACACUGCCCCGCUGUGGUGUGGCAGACGCUGAUAGCCAGGGGUCCUGGGCGGAGCGGGUCAGCGUCCUGUUUGCUGGACGUCGGGCCAAAAUGAGACGGAAGAAACGCUUUGCAAAGCAAGGCAGCAAGUGGUACAAGCAGCACCUGUCCUACCGCCUGGUCAACUGGCCGCAGCACCUGCCCGAGCAGGCCGUCCGGGGCGCCGUGCGCACCGCCUUCCAGCUGUGGAGCAACGUCUCGGCGCUGGAGUUCUGGGAGGCCCCAGUCACAGGCCCGGCCGACAUUCGUCUCACCUUUUUCCAAGGGGACCACAACGAUGGAUUGAGCAAUGCCUUUGAUGGCCCAGGGGGCGCCCUGGCGCACGCCUUCCUGCCCCGCCGGGGCGAAGCGCACUUCGACGGCGCCGAGCGCUGGAGCCUGGGCCGCCGGCGCGGGCGCAACCUGUUCGUGGUGCUGGCGCACGAGAUCGGCCACACUCUCGGCCUGGCGCACUCGCCCGCGCCGCGCGCGCUCAUGGCACCCUACUACAAGAAGCUGGGCCGCGACGCGCUGCUCAGCUGGGACGACGUGCUGGCCGUGCAGAGCCUGUAUGGGAAGCCCCAGGGGGGCUCUAUGGCCAUCCAGCUCCCAGGAAAGCUGUUCACUGACUUCGAGACCUGGGAUACCCACACUCCUCGAGACAGCCGCCCCGAAACUCGUGGACCAAAAUAUUGCUACUUGCCUUUUGAUGCCAUCACUGUAGAUGGGCAAGCACGGCUGUACAUCUUCAAAGGGAGCCACUUCUGGGAGGUGGCGGCUGAUGGCAAUGUCUCGGAGCCCCGGCCAAUCCAGGAGAGGUGGGCUGGGCUGCCCCCCAACAUCGAGGCUGCUGCAGUGUCUCUGGAGGACGGAGACUUCUACUUCUUCAAAGGCAGUCGCUGCUGGAGGUUCCGGGGCCCCAAGUCAGUGUGGGGCUCCCCGCAACUGUGCCGGGCAGGGGGCCUGCCCCGCCACCCUGACGCCGCCCUCUUCUUCCCUCCGCUGAGCCGCCUCGUACUCUUCAAAGGUGCCCGCUACUAUGUACUGGCCCCAGGGGGGCUUCAGGUGGAGCCCUACUAUCCCCGAGGCCUGCAGGACUGGGGCGGCAUCCCAGAGGAGGUCAGCGGUGCCCUGCCGAGACCCAACGGCUCCAUCAUCUUCUUUCGAGAUGACUACUACUGGCGCCUGGACCAGGCCCAGCUGCAGGUGACAGCCUCGGGCCGCUGGGCCUCGGAGCUGCCCUGGAUGGGCUGCUGGCAUGCCAACUCGGGCCGCGCCCUGUUCUGAAGGCACCCUACGGCUGCGUAAACUGCGUCCCCAGGCCCAGGGGCAGAAUCCCAGCAGUCGAGCCAGCCUGGAAGAUUGUCCUUGAAGCAA